GGUGAAGACGCGGGUCGGUUUGGGGGUGGGCGGCAGUCACUACAAAGUGACUGCGCGCUGCGUACCCGAAGUGAGCGUAACCUCACCGACCGAAGGCCAUUAUCAUGAAUUACAGCCAUUCUCAUCGGUAUCAUCAACCACAUCUACCACACCAACAACAGCAACAACGCCACAGUCAGCAACAGUGGCUAUAACAACAACAACACCACAUACGCAUGCAGCACAACACGUUCAACAAGAGAUCAGCGAACAGCUGCCAUCGAAAUCAGCAACACUAACUCAUCAUCAUCAACAACAACAACAUCAUCAUCAUCACAAUCAACAACAGCAACAACAACCACAUCACAAACACAAAGAAAAUCAUAAACAACAACAAGCGCAACAACAGAAAUCUCAUAAGAAAUCGAAAGCCAAGCUCAGUAGCAACAGCAAUAGCCACUGCUAUAGCAACUAUAACUACAACAGCAGCAACAACAAUAAUAAUAGCAAGAACAGCAUUAACCAUAGCAACAGCCAUACGCAAAAUAGUAGUAACAGUAAAACUUUUCUACAACGCAGUAAACACACUAACGACAUUUAUUCAUCAGGAGCCACACUGGUGGAGGAGGAGGACUUUAAUGAAUUGACAGCGGUGCCGACAGCAACCAUUGUGAUAGCGACGAACGUAAAUGGCAAGGUGCGCGUAAAUCCACAAGCGAACGUUACAGGCAGUGCCGGUACUGGCAUUGGCAACGGCACCGGCAAAGAGUCGGUUCGCCAACUGCCGCCACCACUGAAACUGACCGCCACCACAACGCCAAGCAGACCAACAACUAUUGCCGCGCCAACGAAAAAUUCACUGCAACGCCAGAAGGCGACCCAGCAGCCACAUCACCAACAACAAACGAGUCCAACCAAAGCGGCAGCUGAAAAAUUGAUUGCACAAACUAGUGAGGAGAGUCAGCCCACUGAAUUGACGCCUUUGGUGGAGUCGUACGAUAUUACGCUCGGUCACAGUCCGACGGCGCUCACACCUUCCUCGAAUACUAACACCGCCAGCUCAACGCAACGCUCCAACAGUACCGCGAUCGCUGCGUCUGUCUCGCCAACAGCUAGUGUUGGUUUAGCCACAGCAGCACAAUACGGUGGUGGCUUGUCGCCAGCCACAUCCGCUGCCAGCAUCAUCUCCGCAGUUGGCGUUGCGAACGCACCAAACAUCUACGGUCAGCAAUCUAGCGUGCCGGCUGCACCAACGGCACCACCGCCCACAGCUGUCACUGCAGCUGCUACCGCCACCACCACAACUUACAGUCACAACUCGAAGACCACACGCUCCUGGCCGGUAAUCUAUAGGAAUCCACAUCAUUACGAUUACGAGGCGCUCUACGUGCAGGCGUCUGGCGGUAGCGCUAAGCCAGCGGCUGGCAGUAAUCAUCACUACCACCACCAGCCGUCGAGUCACUUUCAAAUCGGCAGUAGCGUUUUCAAGCAGAAUUGCUAUUCGAAUCAGUUUGCUCAAUCCAUUUUGUAUACGUCAAGUAAUGAGGACUUGAGCGCAAUCAAUGAGCACGGCGAUGAUGCUGUUGACGGCACAACCGGUGGCAGCAGUAAUUUCGGCGUUAGCAACGGUCCCAGCAAUCACAACACGAAAAACAAUACACAAACGACGUGCUAUUACUUUGCACCCAGUCGGCAUAACAGCAUUUAUGAACAUCCGUCGGCGGUGGUGCACAACUCCUCGUUUCAAUUCGAUCCGACCGCUGCAACAACUGCAGCCGCUGCAGCGGCUGUUGAGAGUUUAAGACGCAGCAAUAGCAUACUGUUGCGUAAUAGCAGUUGCGCCAAGGCGCUGAAUCAAAACGGUGACGGCACUGGCGGCGGUCUGGGCACACCCACAUCUCUAAACUCGGCUAUGGACAUGGGUAGUAGCUCGGGCGCUGGAAAUUGUUGUUCGAACUGUUGUGUUGGACCGCCGCCAGUGCUAUUCCUGUUUGUGACGCUGCUGAUGACUACCAGUGCGACGGCAAUGCUCUGCGCCGCCAUCAUGACGGAUCACUGGGAGCAUGUUACUUGGGAUCGCAACAGUUUGGAUCGCUACACAAAUCGUUCGACUAUGCAAUUGGAAUGGAUGUUGGACGAUAAAGUGGCGAUGUUAAAGCCCGACAAAAAAGCGGAGUAUCGGUUUCGUCGUGAAACCGUUUUCCUAGUACCCAUGCAUGGUGGGAUUUGGACACUGUGUAUAGAUUUGCCAAUGCAGGAAUUGCAAGAGCUGCGCCGACAUCCGAAAUUUCCACGCGGUGCACCGCCUUGUGUCAAUUAUCUAGCCGGUUCGAUGGAGAAUGCACGUGGCGAAGAGCAGCGCAACGAUUGGCAACAUAGAAUGCAAAACUUGUCAAUUUCCUGCUCGUUGGUGUGCCUAAUUAUAUUGGGUAGCGCUGCAUUGGUGGGCGCGUUCGGUGUUUGUCAGCGUCAAAUAAGCGCCAUACUUAUAACAGGCGUCAUGUAUUUACUAGCGGCACUCUUUGCGCUCUUCACCCUUAUGAUUAUACAUUUUAAGCGCCAACAAGGACGCCCCAUGUUAGAUAGCGACUAUGAUGGCACCGUUGAUGGCAUUGUGGCGCGACCGGGCGGCGUGGCAAUUAUGGCUAAACCGUUAUUGGGUGCACGCAUAUUUCUGACAUCAUGGAGUUUGGAUUUGGGUUGGGGCGGUGUGGUCUUGUGCGGCAUAACAUCAGUGUUAUGGAUUUUACUGUCGAAAAUUAUGCGUUACAAUCCAUUUUCAGCGCUAAUGAUUUAGUCGAUGGAGGUCGUCUAAGGUUACAAAAGGCCGUGCAGGCGUCGGUGGUGUGUAUCAAGUGAACGGUGAUUAUAAUUGCAAAGCAACGCAUGCAAACAUUCAAGGACUUCGAGGGAACAUACAUGUACAUAAGUCAGUAUGUAUUUAUGUACGGGUGAAAUAUUUUAGGAAAUAAAGCUAAUUACAAAGCGCAGCAUUUGGUUAAUUAUGCAAUUUAAUUAGAGUGUAAAUGUAACUGUAACUUUAACUGUUUGACAUACAAAUUACAGACACAAAAUUAAUUGUCUUAAAAAAGCUGCUUUGAUAAAUACUGUGAAAACACUACAACUUUAAAAGAUAAUGUAAUAUUUUUACUAAUUAGAAACUAAUAUACAUAUAUAAAAUUGUGGGAAAUGAUUUAUCCACAUUUACUUUACCACACACUUCCAUGCUAGGUUUUAUAUAUUUUCUCUAAGUAAUCAGUAGUUAACGCAAUUUAUUUAACAAAAAGCUUUACAAAUACAUAUAUAUUUAUAUAGGAUGCAUCAGAUCUUUGAGGACACAUUCAAGGACUUUUUUUUUUAAUUUUAAUUUUAAUUCUUUUUGUUGUCCUAAAAAACUUUCAAAUCUAAAAUUCUACAAAAAAUACCAACAUACAGCUUAGGCUGGUGUUGUCUCAGUUUUAGAGGCAGUUAUUGAAGUGACCAACGUUACACAUAAUCUUGCUAUAGCUGUCAUCGAUUGGCUAAGCGUUAUGAUAUUAUUAUUUAAUAAAUUAUAAUUUAUUUCAAGUUAAAAACAUUCAAAAAAUAUUUUAAUAUUGUCAUUUUUGGCAAUAAUUUGUCCUUUGAGCCAUUUUUACCAUUGUGAAUGGGCUAUAUAAAUAAAACAAAAUUUGGUAGCACUCAGCAAGCGGCGAUAAAAUUUUGAAUGAAGUAUACGCAUCCUCUCUUGCACGGGUUCAACUGCAUAAUUUUGUUGUUGCUUUCACAUGAUUUUUGUCAAGUGAGCAGCGCCCAAAUAUUUCGAGCUGAGAAGUGACCAAUCGAUUACACCUUACAUUUGUCUUUAUGUCAAGACGAAUUAUAGAUUCGGUAUUUUCCUUUAAGGACAUUGAGAUGAAAGCUUCAAACAGCAAUUACUAGCUUUCAGUACUCGGAAGCUUACAAAUCCCAAAUAUCUGAUGCAGCCUUAUAAGCACGCCUUGUAAUUUAAUAUGCCUCGAAAUAAAUUCCCCACAACUGAAUGCCAUUCGUAUAAUGUCUCAACUGUUAUAUGUAUAUUAUAAUAAAGUUAUUUUUUUAUUAAUUCGAAAAGCCACGCUUAAUAUAUUCUUAUAUAUAUCUAUAUAAAUAUUUUUUACAAAAACUGUAAUAUAAAAUGAAUUUACACCUGUUAACUCUCUAUACAUAUAUGUAUUUACAAAAAUGUGCUGAAUAAAACGA